AUGGAUAAGAAAAAAAGCAGCCUUCCAUUACUCCCCUCUUCCACCUCCAUCACCUCCUCUUCCUUCCUUUUCCGCCCCUUCCACCACAAAAACCUUCCUUCUUCUAAAAAUAUAUCAACUCUCACCACCACCAAUCCUGCGGCCGUCCCCACUGUUAAAUUCCUCUAUUGGCACUGCAAAAUACUCGACCCUGACUCGGAUUUUGUCUCACGCUGGAAUUACGUCUUCCUUGCCUCAUGUAUCAUCGCUCUCUUCAUUGACCCGCUGUACUUUUAUCUACCCACGGCUAGGCGUGAUGGCUGUUUAGAAAGAGACACUGACUCGGGUUUUUAUAUAACCUUCUUUCGCUCUGUUGCUGAUCUUUUUUAUACGCUUCAUAUUUUUAUGAAGUUUAGGACCGCUUUUGUGUCACCCAGUUCCAGAGUUUUUGGGAGGGGAGAGUUGGUUAUGGAUCCCUAUGAGAUUUCUAUGAGGUAUUUCAGGUCUGAUUUUAUUAUUGAUCUUGCCGCUGCGCUUCCUUUGCCUCAGCUUGUGAUCUGGUAUGUAAUUCCCGCGAUAAAAACCAAAUCUAAUGACAACUCCACUCUGGCUCUCAUUGUUCUAGCGCAAUAUAUUCCCAGACUAUUUGUUAUCUUCCCUUUAAACCAAAGAAUUAUCAAAACUACAGGAGUUGUUGCUAAGACUGCUUGGUCUGGAGCUGCCUACAAUCUCCUUCUUUUCUUGCUUGCCAGUCAUGUAGUUGGAGCAACGUGGUACCUAUUGUCCAUAGGGCGGCAAUUCGAAUGCUGGAGAGAAGAGUGUGAGACAGAGAACGAGAAAAGAGUUCUAUGCAAUCUCGAUUUUCUGGAUUGCAGUUAUUCGAAGUCACCUGAACGGCUGAACUGGGUGCUUGUCACCAAUGUUAUAAAAAAAUGCAAUGCAGAUCAUGAGGGUGAUGAUGCUGAAAACUUUAAGUUUGGAAUAUUUGGAGAUGCUUUCACCGAUUCUGUUGCUUCCGAACCAUCAAUCAUUAGGAGGAUAUUAUAUUGUCUUUGGUGGGGUUUAAGAAGUUUAAGUUCUUAUGCGCAAGAAUUCGAUACAAGCGUAUAUAUUGGCGAGAAUAUAUUUGCCAUUCUUAUCUGUAUAUCUGGUUCAUUUUUUUCAGCACUGUUGAUUGGCAAUAUGCAGAAAUAUUUGCAAUCUAUGACUGUAAGAUUUGAAGAAUGGAGAGUUAAGCGAAGAGAUACGGAGGAGUGGAUGAAGCACCGUCAAUUGCCUGAAGAUUUGCGAGAACGUGUUCGCCAAUUUGUUCAGUACAAAUGGCAAGCUACAAGAGGAGUCAACGAAGAAUCUAUACUGCGUUCAUUGCCUCUGGACCUCCGUCGAGAAAUUCAGCGCCACUUAUGCAUUGCUCUUGUUCGCCGUGUUCCAUUUUUUGCCCAAAUGGAUGACCAGCUUCUUGAUGCAAUAUGCCAGCGUCUCAUCUCAUCUUUGAGUAUUCAAGAUACAUACAUUGUUCGAGAGGGUGAUCCAGUCAAUGAGAUGCUUUUUAUAAUAAGAGGAAAACUGGAGAGCUCUACAACUAAUGGAGGAAGGUCUGGCUUCUUCAACUCCAUCACUCUUAGACCUGGUGAUUUCUGUGGUGAAGAGCUGCUAACAUGGGCCUUAAUGCCCUCCUCUACACUCAACUUUCCUUCUUCAACUCGGACGGUGAGAGCCCUUUGUGAAGUUGAAGCUUUCGCCCUUCAAGCUGAAGACCUCAAAUUUGUUGCACAUCAGUUCAAGAAGCUCCACAGCAAGAGGCUCCAGCAUGCCUUUAGAUACUACUCUCACCAAUGGAGAACAUGGGCUGCAUGCUUCAUACAAUCUGCUUGGAGAAGGUUUAGGAAGAGGAAGAUGACAAAGGAAUUGAUUCGACGAGAGGGUAGCUUCUACUACAAGCAAAUUCCUGACCAAGAUAGCUAUUACAUGGAGGAAGUAGCCGAUGGAAAUCAUGAGUAUGUUCAUGGAAGUACUGGUGGGAAUGCCGCAGCUCAAAGUGCAAGCAAUGUCCGGAAUGCAGCAACUCAGCAGAAAGGUUCAGUUCCAGGGGUCGAUGCUGCUUCUAGUAGCUUAAAGAUGCCCAAGAUGUUUAAGCCAGAUGAGCCUGAUUUCUCUGUAGACCAAGGGGAUGUUUAG